AUGGACGUUGUGGAAUUUCUCACUCGGACCGACCGUCGCAAUCUCAAAUCUCACAUAGGAUUCCAGGUGGCGCAAAAGAUGCGGGAAUGGUAUGAGGAUGUGGACAAUCGCCGAUGGAAUCUCAGCCUUCUACUCCAAAAGGAGGCUCUAGAAGCGGAUGAGAGGAUUGCAGAAAUGCUGCAGGAACAAGCCGAUGAGGCGGAUCGAAAGCGGCACGAGUGGAUCGAAAUGGAGAGAUUGAAGAGGGAGGAGGCCGAAAAGGAACUGGUCAAGCUCAAAAAGCAGCAAAGAGAAAUUGAAAAUUACGAGGCCCAUCGUCAUAUGCUAACGAAGGAGAUACUCCUGGAAUCGAAGCAGGCUCAACUCCACCAAAUCGAGGAGAAAAAGGCUCUGAAACGCCGCCAAGCCUGUGUAGAGAUCCUCUGGCAGCGCGUGUGGCAGAGACUGGAUGACAGUAGAGCCCAGCAGGAGCAAUAUGAGCUGAAGUUGAGGAACUUGAUAGAGAGCAGGUGCCAGGCUCAAAAUCUGGACAGGGAUCGGGAGCAGAAGGACCAGCUGGCCAAGGAUGUGAUGGCAGAGCAACGCGAAUGUUCCCAAGCCCUGGAAAUCGCUGCCGAAAUGGAUGUCCUCAAAAAACAAGAGGACCUCAAGAAGGUGAAAUUCAAACGGCGCCAGCAACUCACUGACUUGCAGGAUCAGAUCAAGAAGAACCUGAAGAUCAGUGCCCAGCAAUCGCAGGCCAGCCUACGUGAGGAUCUGGGGAACAACAUACUCGAGGACCGACAGAUUUACGAGGAGCUCAUGGCGAAGCGUUGCGCCAGGACCCACAACCGCGACUGGCACCGGCGCUAUAUGACACAUACGGCUGAGGAGCGUGCCGCCCGAAAGGAGGCAGAUCGGCGGCUGGACCGGAAAUAUCUGGGCACUGGGUGUGUGCUCAGCCAGCAGCAAAAGCAGCCGUAUGGCAAAGAAGUGCGCUAAUCCGAGUGGGCUCAUCGAUGGGCGCACUCCGCGUCACGCCUCAUAUUUGGAUACCAUAUUGCAAUUAUAUUUAUGAGCGAUAUAAAUCAGGCGAUGGCGGCGAUAAGGAAAAGUGUAUCUCGCACGGGCGGCAUAAAGCCCGUGAUAAUGCCCACCAUCAACGUCACCCCGUGGAAUCUGGCCAGCUUUGGCCAGACGCCAGCGGCA